AUGGCGAGAAUUCUCGGUUUUCUGGCGGUCUUGCUGAUGGCGGCCAACGUCAACGCUGCUAAGCACCGCCUCUGUGCCUGUAUCACCGACCAGGGCGCCAUCGGCAUGCAAAUCGACGAAGAGGCCUCUAAGGCUGUAGUCAAGGCAUCCGAAGGAAAAUUCGUCUACAGCGACGGUCCUUGGUUCACGGACCCUCUUAUCCACGACGCUCCCUACAGCGGCCCUUACUUUCACGCUAUUGAUGGCGACGUCAACGGUGCUAACGAUGACGGAUGGCUCGGCGGUAACGAGGUUCACGGACUUUGCGGCAAGCAAUUUGCCGAAAGCUCUUGUUGGACACCCUCAGAUAUGUUCAACUGGCGCGGUUGUGGUGCAAGCCAGGUCUGCUGGACCUCCAAGGCUGACAAGACUGAUGGUUUCGGAACACCUAUUUAA